CCUUUAAGGAUUUGAUGCCUAAUGCAGAGCACAGAUUUUGUGUUAGGCAUUUACAUGCAAAUUUCAAGAAGGAUUUUCUUGGGAAGGUACUCAAAGAUGCAAUGUGGAAUGCUGCUAGGGCAGCAACAAAGAAUUCUUUUGACUUCCACAUGGAUGAGUUGAAGAAGCUAGAUGUGAAGGCAUAUGAGUGGCUUGUGAAGUUAGAUGUGAGAACAUGGAGCAGACAUGCUUUUAAUCCAAGAAGCAAGAGUGACACUCUAGUAAACAAUAUAGCAGAGUCUUUCAAUGCUUGGAUUUUGGAGGCUAGGGAUAAACCAAUGUUGACAAUGAUGGAGAUCAUAAGAGUGAUGUUGAUGCAAAGGUUGCAAACCAAAAGAGAUCAUAUGAGAAGGUAUGAAGGGAGGGUUUGUCCAAGAAUCUAUAAAAAGCUUGAGAGGAUAAAAAGUGAGGUUGGACAUUGCAUUUCUCGUUGGAAUGGAGAGUCCAAAUAUGAGGUGGAGUAUAUUUAUGGUGGAAGAUAUGUGGUGGACUUGAAUGAGAGGACUUGUGGUUGUGGGAGAUGGGGAUUGAGUGGAAUCCCAUGUUUUCAUGCUGCUGCCGCAAUAAUUGAGCAUGGAGAGCAACUUGAGACUUACGUAGACAUUGCUUACACUAAAGAGACAUUCCUAAGUUGUUACCAAUGGAUGGUAAGCCCACUUCCAAGCCAUGAACAGUGGCCAAAAACACCCUAUGACCCAAUCAAGCCCCCAAAAUUUACAAAGAAAGUAGGCAAGCGUAAGAAGGCAAGAAAGAGGGAGGCAGGAGAACCUAUUAAUGCAUUUAGGGUGAGUAAGAAAGGAACUGCCAUGAAAUGUGGGAAUUGUUUCCAAUGGGGACAUAAUCAAAGAACUUGUAAAGCUCCUGAUAACCCCAACAAGAAGGCUUAUAAAAAGAAAAAGAAAGGGGAAUCAGGACAAUCAUCUACGUCUGGAGCUAAAUGGAGUAAAAAAUUAUCGGGUACAUAGCAAUCAAAUAUAGGUAAUUAACAAUCAAGUCAAAGUUGUACAAAGGACAACACUAGUGGAAGCAAGAAGAAUAAGGGAAAGGCUAAGGCCUAGUGGCAGCAAGAAGAUAAAUAAUUUUUUAGUUCUAUAUUUU